UUGGCGAAUGCUAUUGAUCGUCUGCAGGCUGAUGAAUGUUAUUACGGCAUGCUAAUUCCUGAAAGAAUAUCUCUGAAAAACAAAGUAAAGAAGUUGCAACUGAAUAAGAAAAUUGUUCAUUGUAAACCUAUAAUAAGGGCUAUGAUUAAAAGUAUUGAUAAGCAUUUUGAAAUAUCGGAAGAAGCAUCGAUUGAAGGUACGAAUUCUGGUACCUUAAUAGAUAAUACUAAUAAAGAUUCAGAUGACGAUCAUGAAUUUGGCGAUCCAUCUUCAACAAUUGACAGUUUCCAACCAUCAUCAUCUCAAGAUUCGUUGGAAAAAUAUCCGUCAGUUAGAAAAAUUUUUCUAAAAUAUAAUACUCCUUUGCCAUCGUCAGCACCAGUAGAGAGGCUUUUUAGUAAUGCAACAAUGUUGCACUUACCAAAGUAUGAUCGUCUAACCGAUGAACAUUUUGAGCAGUGAA